ACACUUUUCACUGAUGUCACUUCCUGGUUAGACAUGUCUGGCAUUAUUGGUCGUUCUGUGGUCAUCCAUGAAGCAGAAAAAGGAGGUCCAAGAAUUGCGUGUGCCAAUGUUACGAAGAUGCGCGUCCCUGCAGCGAUGUCAGGGAAUUGGUUAGGCCCUGGAUCAUCCAGUGGCCAGGUGAAAUUCUCUCAAGAUGUCCCUCAAGGCCCUACAGGAGUCAAGGUGUCCUUAAAAAAUCUGCAGUCCUUAGCUGGAGGCUACCAUGUCCACAUCUUGUCCAUUAUUGUUGGCAGCAUUGAUCCUUGUUCAAAUGCAAACAUCCUUGGCCACUUUAACCCACUGGCCUGGAACACAUCUAGUUCUCCCUCACCCGGUGAAGGCACAGUGGACCAGUAUGAGAUCGGGGACAUCAGUGGGAAGUUUGGGAUGCUUACUGGCCAGAAUGAGUUUGAAGCUAUCUACAUGGACCCAAACAUGCCGCUUACUGGACCUUACAGCAUCAUGGGAAGAUCUGUUGUAAUCCACUACACAAAUGGAUCACGUAUGGUGUGUGCAGAUGUCUUGCCUGACACAAAUACAGAUGGACAAUGGACACUUGCAAAGGCUACAUUUAAUGGAACAGUGACUGGGACAGUUGCACUGCGCCAGCAGAUGUUUCCUGAUGGGAGUAGCGGUGAUGUCAUACUGGAAAUGGACCUCAAAUCAUCUUCAGGUCAAAGUAUUCCUGCGGCCUCCCUGUUUAUCGCAAGCAACCGUGUGGGUGCAACAAGCGGGCUGUGUACCAACGUGGGAGACAUUUUCAACCCCUUCAACAUGAAACUACUGAGCUCCAGCUGUUCGCUCCAAAACCAGUUGAGCUGUGUGGUGGGAGAAUUUUCUGAAAGACAAGGCAAUGUCAGCCUGAUUGGAAGAGAAGUUUACUCUGACAGCAACAUCCAGCUCUCAGGAGAUAACACAGUUGUCUUCAGGUCUCUUGUGCUGAAGAAUGGGAGCAGCAUCCUUGCGUGUGCCGACAUCCUCCCACAAUCCCAAUCUGCAGAGCAGACCUUUCCCAAAUUGAGCGCCUUUAGCCGGUAUGAUUUCCGAAGGAGAGUUGCAGAUGUUCUGCAGGCAGAAAUGGCGAGGAUAACCAUCUUGCCCGGCUCUCCCUCCUUUACAGAAAACGGCCAGUGCCAAACGGUCAACUUCAUGGUGUCGGGGGAUGUCCGCACAGAUCUUCUGAGUUCUGUCAAAACGAGUGGGCUAAUGGGCCCAUUCAGAGAAAGCGCCACAUGUACACGAAGUUCUGCAGGGCAGCUGGUGCUGCCAGAAAUCUUCUCCCUGUGUCUGAUGUUUGCUGCUGCCUUCCUGCUGCCGUCUGCAGCCUCUUGCUAAAAGCAGAGUCCCGUUUUGACCUCAACUCAUCAGUGCAGACACACGGGUCCUGCUGUUGUAAAACUGUGAAUUUGAAAUGUCACGCAUCAAAUGUUGCAGUAGUGACUGGGCAAAUAAUGUGCAUAUAUGUAUAUAUGUUUUGUGCAAAUGAAGAUCUUCCAGGGGUUUUUUGUUGAAGAACCAGUUGAGGCUAUAAAUAUUUAUAAACUAGUCAUUGGUAUGCCUGCUUUUGUUUUGUUUUUUUGUAGGAAUGUGUUGUGUAUUGCUAUUCGUUUGGGCAAGAGGUACUUGUGUUUGUGAACUACAUUUUGAAAUGUCAAUUUUCUAUGAACAUAUUGCUAUAGCACAAUCAACUUCUAUAUAUGAUUUUGAAUAAAGUUUUUCAGAAUUGUA